CUCCCGCUGAAGCCGCUUUCCCUGCUUGGGCGGAGUGGAAACGUGGCAGAAGCUGAGAAGCCGGACUCCUCCCGUGGGCGAGAGAUCCGACAUCAUUUCCGGUAGGAACUGGAGACGACGCUGUUUGGAAGCGGACAGGGAAGUGAGAGAAGGAGCCGGAACGGGAGGAGGACCAGUCUGGGGAUGCACACAAGAUGAACGUAAACCAGCAACCUCCUUUAGCUACACCGUACAUGCAGCCCCAACCUGGAGGGUACCAUCAGCCAGUCUAUGGGGGACAGCCAAUGCCAGGGGGCCCUCAGUAUCCUGGGUAUAAUGGACCUGUACAAGGUUAUCCACAACAUGUCACAUCACAAGGUUUCUCCUCUAAUUCAGGAUUCCCUCAGAAAGGGUCUCCUGAUUCUUUCACCUCUGGCUCUUCUUCUCCUGUUACCUCUCAUUAUAUAGGUCCUGUGAGACCUCCACCCACAUCAGGAGCCCCGACUGUACCAGGAACAUCUCUUCCUCCAGAGCAGCUGCAGUACAGUCAUUAUGGCCAAGGUGACAUACAGAAUGGACCAGCACCACUCAAUACCCAGAUGCAGAGACCACCAGUGUCCCAACCUUACAUGCAAACGGCAACUGUUCCGCAGACAGCUAACUUUCAGCAAUACCCUCCAUCAUCAGCCAGUACCCAGCAACUAAGUAACCAAAUGGUUAGGAUGCAUAUUGGUGGCGGUGCUACGUCGGCUCCAAUGCAGACAUCGCAAGGUUUUGGUUCUCAGAGUUCCCAUCCACCAUCCUCUGGAAAUUUUCCUGCCUCAGGAUCAGGUGCUUACACACCCUAUUCCAGUAAUCAAGGUCUCACUGCUAUGAAUUUGUCACAAGGAAUGCCUCCCACCAGCUUGCCACAAGCUCAAGCGCCUCCAAAUCAGCAUUUUACUGGACCACAAGGGUUUCCUCCUCAAACCGGUACACCAGCUUCAAACUAUCCCCCUUCUAUUUCUGGUGGACCCCCACCCACAUCAAUGCAAGGUCCCACAAUACCAGGACAGUCUCCAUCUGGACCCCCAUUAUCUCAACCAAAUCAUGUACCACCAACUCAAUCCCAACCAGGUCUUUCUGGUGUUCUGUCAGGUCCCCCUAUGUCAGGUCCUCCAAUGACCGGUCCUCCAGGACCACCUCCUUCAAUGCAACCAGGUCAGGGAGGAUUUCCUCUUCAGCAGAAUGGUUCCUUCGGACAAAUAAGGGGUCAACAGCCUGGAUACCCAGCUGCUUAUCCUCAUGCCCCUAAUUAUGGAAAUCAGCCUGGUCCACAGGGCCCCCCUGCACCCCCUCCCCCUGCACAGAAGAGACUGGACCCGGACUCUAUCCCAAGUCCGCAACUUAAUGAACUGCCACCCCAGCAGAAAUCAAGGCACAGAAUAGACCCAGAUGCAAUUCCUAGUCCAAUCCAAGUCAUAGAAGAUGACAGAAGCAACAGAAGUUCUGAACCUUUUAUCACUGGUCUGAGAGGACAAGUUCCACCACUCGUAACUACUAAUUUCUUGGUCAAAGAUCAAGGAAAUGCAAGCCCACGCUACAUAAGAUGCACUUCAUACAACUUUCCUGCCACGUCAGAUAUGGCAAAGCAGUCCCAGGUUCCACUUGCUGCGGUUAUUAAGCCUCUGGCAACAUUACCAUCCGAUGAGGCCCCCACUUGCGUGGUUGAUCAUGGUGAAACCGGACCUAUUCGAUGCAAUAGAUGUAAAGCCUACAUGUGCCCUUAUAUGCAGUUCAUUGAGGGAGGGAGAAGGUUCCAGUGCUGCUUCUGCAGCUGUGUCACUGAAGUGCCGCCUCAUUACUUCCAGCACUUGGAUCACACAGGGAAGAGGGUAGAUUGCUAUGAUAGACCUGAACUGUCUAUGGGGUCCUAUGAGUUCACAGCAACGGUUGACUACUGCAAGAAUAACAAAUUCCCAAAUCCACCGGCUUUCAUCUUUAUGAUAGAUGUUUCGUACAAUGCUGUGAAGAGUGGUUUGGUAGCAUUGGUCUGUGAGGAGCUGAAGCAGCUCAUUGACUACCUACCCAAGGAAGGGAAUAUGGAUGAGUCGGUGAUACGUGUAGGCUUCGUCACCUAUAACAAAGUACUCCACUUCUAUAAUGUGAAGAGCUCCUUGGCCCAGCCACAGAUGAUGGUCGUGUCUGAUGUGGCAGAUAUGUUUGUGCCUCUGCUGGAUGGAUUUCUUGUAAAUGUUAAUGAAUCGAGAACAGUCAUCACCAGUUUGCUGGACCAGAUUCCAGAGCUGUUCGCAGACACAAGAGAAACAGAGAUUGUGUUUGCCCCAGUUGUCCAAGCUGGUUUGGAAGCCCUUAAGGCUGCAGACUGUGCUGGGAAGCUCUUUGUUUUUCACACCACUCUUCCUAUUGCUGAAGCUCCAGGCAAGCUAAAGAACAGGGAUGAUAAAAAGCUCCUUGGUACAGAUAAAGAAAAGACUUUGUUCCAGCCUCAAACAACGUUCUAUACUAACCUGGCCAAGGAUUGUGUGGCACAGGGCUGUUCUGUGGACCUUUUCCUGUUUCCUAACCAGUAUGUGGAUGUGGCCACACUUGGUGUUGUUCCUUUCCAGACCGGGGGAUCGGUAUACAAAUAUACUUUUUUCCAGGUGGAAACUGAUAGGGAGAGGUUUCUGAAUGAUCUGCGCAGGGACGUCCAAAAAGAGAUCGGCUUUGAUGCAGUGAUGAGAGUCAGAACUAGCACCGGCAUCCGGGCAACUGAUUUCGUUGGCGCUUUCUACAUGAGCAACACCACGGACAUUGAACUAGCAGGGCUGGACUGUGAUAAAACUGUAACCGUUGAAUUCAAGCACGAUGAUAAACUGAAUGAAGACAUCGGAGCCAUUCUCCAAUGUGCUAUACUGUAUACUAGCUGUGGGGGACAGCGUAGGCUUCGUAUUCACAAUAUGGCUUUGAACUGCUGUACCCAGCUGCCAGAUCUGUACCGAAACUGCGAGACGGACACACUUAUCAACUACUUUGCCAAGUUUGCUUUUCGAGGUGUCCUAAAUAACCCAACAAAGACUGUUCGAGACUCUCUGAUUAAUCAGUGUGCACAAAUCCUGGCCUGUUAUCGGAAGAACUGUGCUAGCCCUUCCUCUGCUGGCCAGCUAAUCCUGCCGGAGUGCAUGAAGCUGCUUCCUGUCUACCUGAACUGCAUACUCAAAAGCGAUGUGUUGCAGCCUGGCUCCGACGUGACCAUUGAUGACCGAGCCUACGUCCGCCAGUUCAUUUCUUCUAUGGAUGUUGCGGAUACAAAUGUAUUUUUCUACCCAAGACUUCUGCCCUUUACCAAAGUGGACCCCAGCAGUGAUGCCCUGCCUGUUGCUAUCCGCACUUCAGAAGAACGCCUGUCUAAGGGUGAAGUUUAUUUGCUUGAAAAUGGCCUGAAUUUAUUUAUAUGGGUUGGAGCGAAUGUGCAACAAGCCUUGAUCCAGAACCUCUUUGGAGUUUCUUCUUUCAGCCAGAUAGACUGUAGCAUGUGUGCAUUACCAGUGCUGGAUAAUCCGGUUUCAAAGAAAAUGCAUGCCAUUAUCACCAUGUUUAGAGCACAGAGGCCACGAUACAUGAAGUUGCUGAUUGUAAAACAGGAUGACAAGCUUGAGAUGUUCUUCAAACACUUGCUGGUAGAAGAUAAGAACCUCCAAGGAGGUGCCUCCUACGUAGACUUCCUCUGUCAUAUGCACAAGGAGAUCAGACAACUACUAAGUUAGAGAUAGAAGAGUUGGUGGUUCUCACCCACAGUGACAUUUGAGAGAUUUCACUAACCACCUUGGUGUUUUAAUUAUGCUACAACAACCAGGACACCCAGCAAUGAAUUAUCCCCUCCAUACACAGAGAAAUCCCAACCUUAUUUACUAAGGCCAUCAAUCAAGGAUGCUGCAACUGCUCCAACUGAAGAAUACAAAAACUCACUGGUUGUAAUGAAUGUAGACUUUCGUGUAAGAGUCUGAAAACACAAAACCAACGCGUUUUGAAGGAAGGUUAACAAACUCUUGGAAACACAGAUAAACUGACUUGGACAGUAUAUAAAAAAUGAGAGAUCAGACUUCCAGUAUGUUAGAAAUUUAUUUUGAAGACCUAAGAUUUCUGUGAAGCUGUGCCUGGAAAUGAUGGGUGUCCCUUUGUUUUAUUCCAUUUGUCCUUAAAAUACAAGAAAAGCUUUCCACAAUAUACUGUCUAAAUAUAACUGAUAAAUUAUUUUGUUUGUUUCCAUCCAAAAUGAUCUAUCCCUUCUAAAUGAUGGCUUCUGGUAAUACUUAAAUUUUUUUAUUCAUAAUUAAAUUAUCCAUCUCUAAUGUGCUCCUAGACUUCACAUCAUUUGUUCUGUGUGAAAGUGGUUUACAAAUGUAGUUUGAUACUUUAUUGAGUUAUGUUACCAACGCAUCUAUGUUCCUUACUCUGUUUUCUUAUUUCGUUUUUAUUUAUUGCCACUUUGUAUAGUCCAUGGCCCAAAAAGCGUAGGUUUAUAUAAGUAUUACAUUACAAUUGAACAACGAAGGUAAGGCAGGGAGCAUUUUAUAUGGGCGUUGCAGGUGAGCAUAGCUUUUACAAGCAUUUUCUUCUUCCUAUUAUACACAAAGCUUGUACUCCAUCUAAGGACAUGCAGUUUCUCAGGACAAUAUGGCCAUAUAUCGUGUGGCAGCAAACUAGUGGCAAUAAGCGCUGAAGAUCUUUCUGAAGGGUUGUUUUCAUGUUAGUGGGUUUUUUUGUUUGUUUUAUUGACUUAAGGAUUUUUGUGUGUUUUUUUUUUUUUUUUGUUUUUUUUUAUAUUAUUAUUUUCCAUUAGUUUCAAUAAAUAUCACUUUUAUGGGAAAAACCUAUCAGCGCUGCUGAGGUUCAAUUUGAGGUUGACAGGCUACAAUUGCUUCUCCUUAUAUGGCCUUCUCCAUAAGAGAAAGUGUGACCUAUUUAGACACUAAGCUACAGCCUUAAGAAUCUAGCAUUCCAUGCUCCAUACAGUCAGUCAGCUGUUUUGCAUGUGUCACUUUGCAGGGGAAGGGCAGUGAUCUCUGAGACCAUCCAAGUAGCCUCAGACUGAGAUCCUUCACCAUGGGAUUUACGCGUGGCUCAUCCACAUACCGUGAAAGACUAUUUAUAUUAGAUUGUCAGUAUUUUCACCCUCUUAUAACAAGCAAUGAAAAAACACCAAGAAUACUCAGUACAGCUACUAGGCCUUUGCAACCUUUCUCCCAGUGCUUGGUAUUAAUUGAUGUGUUGAUUUGCAUAUGGAACAAAUAUAAAUUCUAUAUUAAAAUCUUUUUCUUUA